AUGCAUAUGGGAGGGAGCCAGUGCAUCCCGAGGGGCGUGAAUUUCACCCGCCUGUCGGAGCCCAGGCUUGUGGUGGUGAAGAAUGAGCCCCUCCUGCUCCAGUGCUCCGUGUCCAGUCUGCCGGAGCUGGCUCCCGUCAACGUCACCUGGAACCACGAUGGUGUACCUCAACAGCUGGGGUCCGUGCUGCCAAACGGGUCACUACUCAUUGAGCGAGUCGCCCACCACAAGAAGAAAAAUGGGCGCAAGGACGACGGGGACUACUCCUGCCUUGCCCACACCAAGGCGGGCAUCAUGUUCAGCCCUCCCGUGCAGGUUAAAGUAGCACGCAUGGCCAAAGGGUUCACGGAAGAGCCGCGGCCGGUGAAUGCACCUGUGGGCGGCAUAGCCAGGUUUGCCUGUCACAUCGGGGCCGUUCCCCCAGCACACUACACCUGGCAGCGCAACCUAGAAGACCUCCCAUUUGGUGAUCCAAGAUUUACUCAGCUUUCCUCAGGCAUCCUGCAAAUCAUCAAUACCACGGCAUCUGAUGCCGGAAAUUAUCGCUGCAUUGCCAAAAACAUUGCGAAGACCAUGCAGAGCGCUGAAGCCGCACUGACAGUUCCACCUACAGUUCAUCAUGAGCAGCCUCCAGAGUUCCUAAGCCCACCUUCCCAAGAGCUGACAUCUGUAGUGGGGGAAACGGUCGAAUUUGAGUGCCUCCUCAGGUCAUCCCUACAUCCUGUUAUCACAUGGCUUCGGGAAGGUGUCCUUCCCUUGCCGGAGGGCCGCAGCUUCAUUGUGGGCCAGGGAAACUUAAGAAUAGAAAAGCUGAAACGCAGUGACGCCGGUCGCUACCAGUGCCUGGUCAACUUUAUGCGUGGCACACCGCAAGCCCUUACUUCACUCUCCCAGUCACAUACACUGGAUGUUCACGAGCCUCCCAGCUUCACUGCAGAUUUGGCCAGUCUUGUGAGCCCCGCUGCACGCACGGUUCGGUUUGAGUGUGACACCCAGGGCUUUCCUGCCCCCGAGGUACGCUGGUUCAAGGAUGGGAAGCCCCUCAUCAUCAAUGGACGCAUCAAGGUUUUACAUUCAGAAGACAACAAGUACCUGCCUGAAGAUCGGCGCCAUGUGACGGAGGAGGCUGACCACCAUCGGCGGAAACCUCCAAAUCACAUGCUGGUGAUCUCGCACUUGGUGAGGAGGGACGCCGGAUUCUACCAAUGCGUCGCCUCCAACCCGGCCGGAACAAGCACCCUGGCCGCCAGGCUUCAAGUCAAUGCCUCAGGUGACGCACCCAGUCCCCCGAGUGACCUGACGGCCCGCACCCUGUCCAGCACCUCCAUCCUGCUCUCUUGGAGCCCCCCACUCAGUCCAGGAAACAGGGUGGUACAGGCCUACUCUGUGCACUACCUCCCUACCUCAGGUGGCAUUGAACUGCAGAAGGUGUCAGUCAACACAUCUUGCAUUGUUGACAAGCUGACGGCAUUCACCAAUUACACCUUCUAUGUGCGUGCGUAUAGCGGCAAGAGCGCCAGUGAACAGUCCGAAGAAAUCACCCAGAUAACUGGGGAAGACGUGCCUCUGGCGGCGCCGUCGGUGUCAGUGACCAGCUUGACGCCAACGACGAUGCACAUCUCAUGGAGCGAGCUCUCGCCUUCUGUGGCGAGGGGCUUCAUUGCACUCUACCGCAUCCACUACAGGCUGCACGACCAGAACUACAACCAUGUGAUGGAAGUAAAGGGCAACGUGCAGGAGUACACCAUCACAGGGUUGGAGCCUACAAAGCAGUACAGCGUACGUGUCAUGGCUGGGACUGUCCAGGGUUUUCCUCAUCUGUCGGACGAAGAGUGGCCCUGGGUGACGUACCGCAUGCCGGAUGGAUUCUCUUCGAGUGUGCCCCUGCCUCCCUCCCUGUACCUGAGUGUGGUGAACAGCACAACCCUGGAGGCCAGGUGGUCCCUUCUGCCAGAGGAGAAGAGCGCCAUCUCCGGCUUCAAGCUGCGGCUGCGAGAGCAGGGCAGCCUCAUGACCGAGCCCAUAGUACUGCCCAACUCCAGCUUCUCCUACGUCCUGUAUGACCUCAAACCCCAAACUUGGUAUGAGGUGCACGUGCUGUGCUUCAGCAACUUUGGGGAUGGACAAGAAGCAGUGCAAACGGUGCUGACCCACCCAGAGAAUCUCACUGCAGAAGGAGACAUUGACCCUCCGGGCGGUCUGGAAGCGGAACCCACAUCCUCCCGCUCCAUCCACCUCUCCUGGAGGGCCCCCGUGCCAGCACAGAACAUCAGCUACUACACUGUGCGCUACAGUGCCGUGCGCCCCAAAAGCGUCCACAACUCCUCCAUGGUGCAGUACAUUCCGAGCACCAAGACCGAAGUGGUUGUGGCAGACUUGCAGCCGUCCACUCUUUACGGAUUUGCGGUGAAGUCUCACGGAGCGGACAGUCACAUGAGCCACUUCAGUCAACUCAUUGAAUGCAAGACAAGUGAAGACAAGCCCACAGCCCCGAGGGACAUCACCUGGGCGCCUCUGGACCUCGGCUCCAUCCGGGUCCACUGGCAGGCCCCCGAGUUUCCCAACGGCGUCAUCCAGAACUACCACAUCUUCUACAAUGCCUGUGAGCCAGACGUCACACAGAUGGACAAGUGGCUCACACGGUCGGAACCAGGUACCCGGUUGACGUCAGUGCUGAAUGGCCUGGCCAUCAACACGGUGUACUCCCUGCGCUUGCAAGCCCAGACCUCAGCUGGCCGAGGACCUCUGACCCAAGUCAUCAAGUUUGUGAUCAGCGUCCCUUCGCCCAGUACCUCCUCUCCACACCCUCAAGCUGCAGGGCAGCAAGAUGAGGACCCGUCCCUCGGCAUCCUGCUAGGGGUGGCAGCUGGCCUUCUCUGCAUGACCCUGUGUGCCAUAAUUAUCCUCUACAAAAACAAGAAAUGCAGCAAUACAAAUGAGGAUUCUACAAGUGAAGGACGCUUGGCCAGCCAGUCAUGUUUUGCAACACUAUUCAGUAGACGGAAAACACCUGCCACUCCUCGAGAGCUGGAGCUCUUGUCAUCACCUCCUAAUGCUUCGGAAGAUCAUCUUGACACAAAGGGAGGCUACCCUCAGUGCAAUGGCAAGACCAACGGCCAUGCCAAGGACAAGCGUCUUCGUGACGUGACCCUGAAUGGCCAUGUGGGAAAUGGCAGUGCUGUCCACACCACCAACAGUUCCCCACCUUGUUACAACAACAGAGACCCGGAGUCGCGGCUCCCUCUGCCACGAAGUCAGCAUCGCUAUGAUGCCAGCGACUGCUUUCUGCAGACGGAGGGUGGCCCGUGGACGGAAGGGCGCACCUCUGCACCGACCCCGCUGCUCGGAGACCACUCUUCUGCAGCGUGGAGAGACAUAGAGGAGCCCACAACGGCAGCAGAGGAGGAGCAGGCAACCCUCGAGACCAUUGUCUCGGCCGACAACUCUUUUGUGUCGCACAGAGACGUGGCGAGCGACACUACGAAUACUUCGGUGCACCCCGAAGCAUAGCAGCUCCUUUUGAGUGCGGCACGACCUACCUCGUAGAACUUCACCGAGUUCGAACCAAUCUUCGUGGUUUCAAUGGUGGCUGACCACGAGAGUUUACUGCCACCACCGCCCUUUAGAAGUAGCAGACAGUGGAAGGUCAGGCAGGCAAGGCAAGGUGUUGACCCUCGGCUAUUUGUCUUUUUUCGUUCUGCGUCCUCUCUUUAACGCUUAAAGCCUCUCCGAGCCACUUUAGGCUUGCUGGUGGGAACAAGCUUCCAAUUGGAAGUCAACCUGCUUUUCUUAGAAUCGUGUCGCUUAAAUUUGGGCUGGCAUGAAACAUUUUAUGUGAAGCUUGUAUGGAUGCUGUGCUUUUGGUACUUGCAGAUAAAUUAGAUGCCUGAAUGCUCUGGCAGAGUUGGAACCCCUCUUGCAUUUACCUUGAGCCGUUCAAAGCGCUCACGAAGCAAAUGACUGAACUUGGGAAAUGCGGUGUAUAUUUUUUGUGUAUUUGUUUUUGUCGAUAUGUCUGAACUUGAACCGAGAUUCUCAAUUUUGGCACGGGUCUACCUGCUUCUUCCCAUCGGGAACUUUUAUGUAGAUUAGAAAAGCAGGGAUGUCUUAGAAACCACGAAAAAGGUGUCCAAAGGCUCUGCCAGGUUUACAGUUGGUGAGGCGAGUUGCUGAUUCCAGUUUGCGUCUGAAGUUUAUUACUGUGACUGUCAGCGACCAUUCCCAGUGUCAACACCUUGCCGCUGCUGUCUUAAGCCAGGUUGACCAAUGUACCUUUCAGUUCAAAAUCACAGUGGGAUUCCCAGGCUUAAACUGACCCCAGGGCUCCAAAAGUGUUUGAUCUGUCAAAUAUUGCAAAAUUGACCUUUGCAAAGCCUCAGUCAGCCUUGGGAGAAGUGACAUUGUAAACAGUGGCUCAGGCAUUGGGAAUCCUAUCUGGUGAUCCCCAAAUCUCAUUUAAUUCAACUUCACUCCCCGUUUGUUUCUUGAUGUAGCACAUGUUAGUCGAACCAUUUUUUUUUUCUUUUUAUCAUUUACAAACACAACACAUAAUAUGAAACAGCAAGACAAAACUAUAAAUAUCUAGAUAAAAAAAAAAAAGAGAGAAGAAAGCGGGUAUGUUUUCGUUAGCUGUUUUCAUGUGUACGUAUAUUUAUGCUAUCACAGCAGUUAGGGACAAAUCACAUUCUCACCAUAUGGCUAUGACAUGUGCUAAAUGUAGUUGUCAUCUUUUUCUUUUUAUUUAGGAUGUUUUCUUGUUUUUUUUAAAUGGACAAAAAGAACAGA